GUACUUGCUUAUUUUUCCUUUACAAAUCGAAUGCAUAUUUGCACGUACCAAUGAUUGCCGCCGCCGCCAAAUCUUUAGAAACAGAAAAGGCAAAACUACGACGAGAGAUUGCCGAGCUGCAGGCUGCAUUGAAUGCAAAAGAGCAGAACCUACGCGAACUUCAGUCAAGAACAGCAGCAUCACCCUUGGACCCCGAAGGGGAUCUGCAACCCGCAACAAGGGAGCAAUACGAAACACUUAACAACGAUGACAUUGCGCGAUAUAGUCGACAGCUCAUAUUAUCUGAUUUUGGCGUAAGCGGUCAGCUUAAGCUUAAGAACAGCGCGGUGCUAAUUGUUGGCUUAGGUGGAUUAGGCUGCCCGGCGGCGCAAUAUCUUUGUAGUGCAGGCUGUGGAAAUUUAGGACUGGUGGACUAUGACGAGGUGGAGCAAAGCAAUCUACACCGCCAGACACUGCACACGGUGGCACGCUGUGGAUUGUCGAAAGCGGAAUCGGCGCGAAUCGCAUUGCUAGAACUGAAUCCACAUUGCCGAAUAACAUGCUACACACGCCUGCUGAACAGUUUGAACGCAAUGCAAAUUAUACGUGCCUAUGACAUUGUGCUGGACUGUAGCGACAACGUGGCCACGCGUUAUCUGCUGAACGAUGCCUGUACGAUGCUGCGCAAGCCCUUGGUCUCGGGCAGUGCACUGAAACUGGAUGGACAGCUGACAGUGUACUCCUAUGGCGCCCAGGGACCUUGCUACCGCUGCAUUUAUCCGGUGCCCCCGCCGCCAGAGGCAGUAACCAAUUGCGGCGACGGGGGCGUAUUGGGGGCUGUUACCGGCACAAUAGGUGCCAUGCAGGCACUGGAAGCUAUUAAGAUAAUAGUCGGAUUGGGAGACGUAUUGGCCGGACGUAUGCUCAUUUUCGACGGCAGCAGCUGCCAGUUCCGCAACAUUAAAAUACGCAGCAAGCGGCCAAACUGUCACGUCUGUUCUGCCCAGCCGCUCAUCACCGGACUGAUUGACUACGAGCUCUUCUGCGGCAUGAGUGCAAAUGACAAGGACCAUUCGGUGAAGCUGCUAGAGCCAGAACAGCGCAUAAACGUGCUGGACUACCAAAAGUUGAUGCAGACCACCACGGCGCAUUUACUGCUGGAUGUGCGUGCGCCAGCCGAGUUUGAAAUCUGUCAGCUGCCCGACUCAGUUAACGUGCCUUUGGCGCACGUGCUGGAUGACAGCUAUCUUCAACGAUUUGCCCAGCAAUUGGAGAGCAAAGAGUUUCCCAUAUUAGUGGUAUGCCGGCGGGGCAAUGACUCACAGAUUGCUGUGCAGCACAUGCGAACUCGCUUUCCCGACCAUUCGAUACGAGACUUGGAAGGCGGUCUGCAUGCCUGGACAAACCAAGUUGACCAGAGCUUUCCAAUUUAUUAGUGCAAAUAAAUGUUUAUCCAAUCCUUAUCCCAA